AUAAAUAAUACUGUUUUUUUCGAGAGUUGAACCGAACUACAUCGAUCAUCAAUCUUAACAACUUCGACGCGAUUACAUUGUUGUAGGGGAUAACUAACUCACAAAGACAAACAACGAUUCGUUACCAGUUAGUGGUAAAUACCAGAACGGAAAUUAAGUAUCCGUUGACAUAAUAUAUUAAAACGAAUUAUAUUAUACAGAAAAUGGCAUCAUUGAGAUCACUGAACCGCACCUUACGGAAUGUCCAGGCUGGAGCCAUAGAUCCGAUGCAAGUUGAUACACCUCCUGAAGAAAAUGACAACAACGAAGAAGAAUUGUAUGAAGUGGACAUUGAUUCAUUUGAUCUUGACACAUAUGCCAAUAGUCACACUGGAUUAGCUCGCAUUUAUAGGCUUAUGUAUAUAGCUGACCAUUGUCCAAGAUUGCGAUCUGAUGCGUUACGUCUGGCCAUUUCACAUGUUAUUACUACAAUGAAUGCUAAUCUGUAUCGAGUACUACAUCGUAAACUUCAACAAU